GUCGCGAGAGUUUUGGUUAUCAACGUUUCUUAUCAUGUAGUAGACGACUUGUUCAUCGAUAAACUGUAUACGGUAGCCACACAAAUAUGUACUCAAUUGUUAUAGAAAUAUUUUUAUGAAAUUUAAUCUGUCGCGUGUGUAUGUGUGUGUUACUAUAUUUUGCACGUAUUUCGAGGAAAGUGGGACUGGUGUUUUGUGUGUGUCAGCUGUUUAGGUUUCUUGGUAGAUUACCGUUAAAGUGAGUUUUGUAUAAAAAACAACCUAGGAGUCAAUACAUUUCGUGUAUUUUUCCUAUCAACAGAGGAUUAGCCAUUUAACUUUAUCUUAUCAGAGCUACUGAACUACGGUUUUAUAAAAGCAGAUACACGUUUUGAGAAGAUUCACUAGUUGAGUUUUGUGGAAAACUACGUCAAACUAAACUCACACUGACUUCCACGUUGUUAGUCGUGCUACAACCCACUCUUGCCACUAUCUGCCUACCAUCAAGAAAGUAAAGUGUCCCUGAGACAAGGGCCGGUAAAACCAGCUUGGAUAUCCUCACUUCUCAACCACAUGCGACGUAGAGUAGAGCCCCAUACAGUUUCAACUUCCAGGGUAUCAUGGCCUCAUCGCGUACUAUAUUCAUCGUCAGUCAACAGAAACAACAUCCAACCAACUGAGACUUCAUACUAAAAAGAAAUUUAAUUAAAAAGAAAUUUUAACGAAAAAUACCCACAUAAUUUAUGGUGUAAAAUCAAUAAUAAACCACCAGAUUUAAAAUGGAGACCACGAGAUUUGCGAUACUCGUGGCACUCCUUAAAUUAGUGACGGCUAGUUCGUCAUUGUUGUCAAGUUAUGAUAAUGGUAACCAAGAAGAACGUUGCGAAGAAAUAACGAUCCCAAUGUGCAUGAGUAUCGGAUAUAAUUUGACACGAAUGCCUAACGAGCUGAAUCAUGAAACACAAGAGGAAGCUGGUUUAGAAGUUCAUCAGUUUUGGCCUCUUGUCGAAAUUAAAUGUUCAGUUGAUCUUAGGUUCUUUCUUUGCUCAAUGUACGCACCAAUUUGCCUAGAAGGAUAUAAAAUGCCCUUACCCCCGUGCCAAGGUUUAUGUAAGAGAGCUCGUGCAGGUUGCGAACCUAUAAUGACAAAAUAUGGUUUCAAAUGGCCUGAACGUAUGGAUUGUGAUCAAUUUCCAAUUUUUGGUGCCUCACCAGAUAAACUUUGCAUGGAUGAGAACAAUACAAGUAGUAGCUCAACUGCAAAACCUCCUACUCGCGUAAAACUUCCCAAAUGUAGAGGUUCAAAAAACUGCACAAACCCCCCAGGAGACGGAAGAAAGGGAGGCGUGAAAGACUGCAAGUGCCAGUGUCAACGCCCUCUAGUCUCUCUGGGGAGGGACUCACCACAGUACAACCGAAGCGUAGGAGGUCUCGCAAAUUGUGCCUAUCCCUGCAAGGAAACUUAUUUCAACCAAGACGAAAAGGAAUUCGCCACGGUUUGGAUAACACUUUGGUCGAGCCUAUGCGCAGCGUCAACGUUAAUGACACUAACUACCUUCUUUAUCGAAACAGAACGAUUCAAAUACCCUGAAAGACCUAUCGUGUUCUUAUCUGCUUGUUACUUUUUGGUAUCAGUAGGUUAUCUUAUUCGAGUUGGUAUCGGUCAUGAAGAAGUCGCCUGUGAAGGAUCUAUUAUUCGAUAUUCUUCUACAGGAGCAAGCAUUUGUUCAUUAGUGUUUCUUUUAGUAUAUUUUUUUGGAAUGGCUUCUUCAAUAUGGUGGGUCAUUUUAUCGUUUACGUGGUUCUUAGCUGCAGGUUUAAAAUGGGGUAACGAAGCAAUCGCAAGUUACGCACAAUAUUUUCAUCUAGCUGCUUGGUUAAUUCCAACUCUUCAAACUGUCGCAGUUUUGAUUUCAGGUGCCGUCGAUGGAGAUCCUGUGUCAGGUAUUUGCUAUGUUGGAAAUAUGAACAUGGAAAAUUUGCGCACAUUUGUUCUCGCACCACAUUGUAUUUAUUUAGUGGUUGGCACCACUUUUCUUAUCGCUGGUUUCGUGUCGCUUUUUAGAAUCAGAAAUGUUAUAAAGAAACAAGGUGGUGCCGGUGCAGGUUCCAAAGCGGACAAGUUAGAGAAAUUAAUGAUACGAAUCGGAAUAUUCAGUGUUUUGUACACAGUUCCAGCGUCCAUAGUAAUAGGUUGUCAUUUGUAUGAAAAUGCAUUCCAUGAUGACUGGAUGAAGUCUGCAGCUUGCACAUGUUCUGAAUCCCGGUUAGUUAGUGCAAAAGUCCGCCCCAUUUACUCUGUCUUAAUGCUCAAGUAUUUUAUGGCACUAGCUGUUGGCAUCACUUCGGGUGUUUGGAUAUGGUCGGGAAAAACCUUAGAUUCCUGGCGUCGACUUUGGAGGCGACUGUUUGGGCGUCCGGAUCCUAGUGGAGCAAAUGCAGUUUUGAUAAAAAAUCGACCAGGAAAAACUCCUCCGCAAUAUGUAGUUGCUGGUACCGGUAGUGCUUCUUUAUUAGGUCCUGCUGGUAGUGUUGCAUCGGCAAGUCAGCACCAUCUUCAUCACCAUGUUUUGAAACAGCCGCCCUUAAGUCAUGUAUGACAAGCGGGCGAAGGGGCCACGCCUGUAGUUGUUUCACACACCGCACAAGGUUCAGGACCGUCAUUGAGCAACUAUGGGCCCAUUUGAGUGACCGCCUUGGUCCCUCGCCACUCGGUCACAGCUCUCUAGUCUAUUGCGUGCCAUCAGUUUGUACGAGGUGGACACUAUUCGAUUGUACAGACGAAUUUUUUUACGUUGUUUUUUUAACUAUUUAUUUUUAAAAGUUGUAUAAUAUUGAACUUCGGAGAUACAUGAUUACUUUGUCCUCAUCGGAAAGCAGGCUUGUCUUUGGGUUUAUGUGGACUAAAUCUAAGUAACUUUCACUUUUAUAUAUAAAUAAACACAUAACUGGUAUAUAGACUUUCUUAUUUAUUAGACCAGUAAAAUGUAAAGACUGUGGUGGCAAAUUAGGCUAAUUUGAUCUGAUCUUAAUUUAUUCGAAAUUUAAGUAAAAAAUUUAAAGAAUUUCAAAAAUACGUCGAUAUUGAUCAAUUUUUAUACUGGUGAUUUGUAACAUGUUCGACACUGCCUUCAAGUUAAUUCAUCUUAUAAAGUCGUAAAGAUGAUUAUGGUACUAGCAUGUGAAUGUCAAAAACUAGAAAGUGAGAUUUUAUAUACGUAAUUAAAUUAAUCGGGAAUUUACGUUGGUAGUGAAUGUGAUCAGGUAUGUUCUGUGAGUACAUUAGUUGAAUAAAUGUCUUCAGUUGGUACUCAGUUGAAACACUCAUCGUAACGAUAACGGCGAUAUUGUACAUAACUACGAAUAUGUACCGUCAGCUUUCGGCAUAUGUAUUCUAUACUACUGCGUAUUUAUACUGUUCAGUAUCACCAUGAUUUGUGCCAUGUAAUAAUAAUGUGUAGGGACCAUCAACCAAUUUUCAUCCGAGUACCGAAGAGCGAAAAUGUAGAAACAUUUUUUGUUGACAGUUUGUAAAAUAUUAUUAUAUUCUUGUAGUUUUCGAAUAGCCGUAGUUUUUAUAUUGAAAUAUUCAUUGACCCCAUUAAUCUUUUGUACUUAUCUUUGUCUAUUUAAUCAUGUAAAUACAUAUAUAUCUGUGCAGUUCAUUAAAUACAGUAAGUGAAAUUUGCUGCUAAAUGUAAAAAUUGAGCCACUUGCAACAAAAAAUGGAUGAACGAUGGAUGCAUCCAGUGAUGAUUAGUAUCCAAAUGCAUAACAUAUAGCUUUAUAAUAAAUUAUACAUAGUAGGGUAGAACAUAUCAAGUUUUAUAUUUAUAUAUAUAUAUAUAAAUAUGCACAAAAUUUGUUCUUUUUUUUUAUUUAUACAACUAAAUUGUCACAAAAUUUGUGUCUUAAUUUACAAAGAUUCACAAAUUUGACAUACAAAAUGUGUAUAUAUUUUCACAACUAUGUACAGCAAUUAUUUUGUAAUUGUG